UGAUCUUCCUCUUCAUAAUUCUCUUCAGAUUCUUCUACAGCAGUUGACCCUUGACCUCAGAAGAUGGAUAACGCUACAUACAGCUACGUGAACGACUGCACUCCGCUCACUAACUGUAAGUCCGGCCGUAAGGUGGGUGGCUCGACUGUGGUCAACAUGAGCCACGCAGGCAAGAAGCCACCGAACGACUAUCUGGUGUGGUCCCUCUGUAACACUCUCUAUGUCAACUUCUGCUGCCUGGGGUUCAUGGCUCUCAUCUAUUCCAUCAAGGCACGAGAUCAGAAAACCCUUGGCGACAUGCGGGCAGCGCAGGAAUGCUCAGACAAGGCAAAGUGGUACAACAUCUUGGCAUCGGGCUGGAAUCUCCUGAUUCCUCUGUUGUUUCUGGGUCUGCUGGUCCUGCUCAUCGUUCAUCUGGGGAGCUCGCAGGGAACAUUUGAUUUCUUUGGUGAAGAUGGAUUCCAGAGCUUCAUGAAGCUGUUCAGCAGGUAGAAGAACGACACCUGGAAUCGCACCACGUGAACUCAACUCCCGGGACUUUAUUCACUUACACCACUUUGACAAUGUUUUCUUGAGCUAUGUCAUGAAGUAUUAUUAUUUAGAUUUUUUCAUUAUUAUGUCAAUGUACUGUAUACUGUAUACUCAUAAGUAUAUCUGCCUCACAAUUCUAUUUUAUGCUUUAAAU